AUGCGGGAAAUUGUCACCCUCCAGCUGGGCAAUCUGAGCAACUACGUCGCCACGCACUUCUGGAACGCUCAAGAAUCCUACUUCACAUACGCCGAGGACGAGACCUCGCUCGUCGACCACAAUAUCCACUGGCGGCCGGGCAUCGGCGAGGAUGGAUCGGAGACGUUCCUGCCGCGGGCGGUCGUGUAUGAUCUGAAGGGCGGGUUUGGGCCGCUGAGAAAGGUCAAUCCCAUGUAUGAGGCUGCGCCGGGGCAGGAUCCUGCUCUGGCUGCUCUGUGGCCAGGAAAACCGGCGGUUCACAAGCAGACGCCCCUCUCUCAAAACACCUACCAGAGAGACCUCGACGCGGGCAUCAAGCCAAGGCGCCUCCAGCCCUCGGACGUGCGCUACUGGUCCGACUACUCGCGCGUCUACUACCACCCCAAGUCGCUCGUGCAGCUGUACGACUUUGAGCUCAACUCGAGCAUCAUGCCGUUUGAGCGCUUCGAGACGGGCGCGGAGUUGUUUGAGUCGCUGGACAAGGAAGACGAGAUUGUCGACCGGGACUGGCGGCCGUUUGUGGAGGAGUGCGACCAGAUGCAGGGCGUGCAGGUGUAUGCCUCGCUGGACGACGCCUGGGGCGGCUUCGCGAGCUCCUACAUUGAACGGCUGCGGGACGAGCAUCCGAAGACGACCAUCUGGGUCUGGGGCGUGCAGAGCCCCGUGGCGGGCGUCGCGCGGGAGAAGCGGAGGAUGAGGCUGGCCAACACGGCGCUGAGCCUCAACUCGGCGUGCGCGCAGGCGUCCAUGGUGGUGCCGCUGGGGGUCCCUGACGCGCGGGUCCCCGCGAGCAUUUCCCUGGACAGCACGUCGGCGUGGCACGUCUCCGCGCUGCUGGCCACGGCGGCGGAGAGCGCCUCGCUGCAGUCCCGGCUGCGGCUCGGCGGGGGCUCCUCGUCGCGGCCGCUGGGGCUGGCUGACAUGGCGCAGUGCCUGAACGUGUCGGGCCGCCAGACCCUUGCCAACAUGAGGAUGGGCGUCGGACCGCACGCCGUGGACUGCUCCUCCUCGGGGGAGCGGCCGGAGCUGGACUUGUCGCAGAUUGGGAGCUUGAAGGACGGCGGUAGGCUGGGGAGGAGCGGCGACGGCAGUGAGCGGGCGUUUGGCCGGCUGUCGUCUGUUCGCAGGCCCGAGGGCGUUGAAGACGGGUCCAUGGAUGUGACGACGACGGACCAGCGUCCCAUCAUAGGAAGCUCCAUCAUUCGAAACCACCAAACCCCCCUUCUAUACCCCCUCCUCGACAGCUUCCCCUCAAUAUACAACUACGACCUCCACGGCCGCGAGAGCAUCCCCGUGCACACGUCCCUGGCCUCGGACGGCUCCAUCGUGCACAAGAUGAAGAACCUGCGCACCCAGGUCGCGCCGUCCAUUUCGCUCGAGGAGCGGGAGAACUUGGUCAACGGGCUGGCGGAGCUGGGGGCUGCGUAUGAGGAUGAGUGGUCGAGUGGGAGUGAUUCGGGGGAUGACGACCUGUGA